GGACUGAUAAUACUUAAAAAAAGAAGCAGUAUUUCUUCACUCGGGCGUUACAAUUAGGCAAAAUGUUAAUGAAACUGAUUUUAUUUAGUGUUUUAAGUGCAAUAGUUGCUACAGAAAAAGUUCGAUAUGACAACUUCUCUUUAUAUAAAUUACAUCCAGCAAAUGAAGAACAGUUAGAAUUUCUAAAAGACUUACAUGAGAAUGGUGAAGGUUUAGAUUUUUGGUAUCCCCCUACGAGGGUGGGGGACUAUGUAAGUGUGGUAUCUCCUCCUGAUAUGAAAGAAGAAUUCGAAAAUUCGCUGAAAAAUCGUGACAUACAUCCAGAGGUUAUGUUGGAAAACAUACAAGAAGCCUUUGACGCCCAACUCCAGAGCAGACGGAAGCGAGAUACAAACGCAACAAGAGAACUUUUCUGGACAGCUUACCAAACGCAAGAUGAAAUUAUUGAGUGGUUCCAUCAUCUGGCACAAACUUACCCAGAUGUGGUGUCCGUUGUUAUUGGUGGACGAUCUUAUGAAGGCAGAAACAUAACAGGAGUCAGGAUUUCCAGAGGUACAGGUCUGAGAGCCAUGUUUUUAGAAGGAGGUCAGGUUGGCGCUGAUUGGUUGUCACCAACAGUUCUGACGUACAUCGUGGACCAAUUGGUGAGAGGAGAGGACCCUGAGGCCAGAGCGGCUACUGAAGAAUUUGAAUGGCACAUCUUCCCAAUCAUCAAUCCUGAUGGAUUUGAAUUCUCACAGGACUCGGUUCGAUUGUGGGUGAAGAACAGGAGACCUAUCGGUUCUGGAAUACAACAAACCUUCGGUGUUGAUCUCACUAAGAAUUGGAAUUCUCAAUGGGGAGUCAGUGGCGGUAGCUUCACUCCAGCAAGCGACAACUUCAUAGGAUUGGGACCGUUCUCCGAAAUUGAGACCAGGUCUCUCUCCCGCUAUAUUGAGAGUAUCAGAUUCAGACUCGAAGGCGUCUUAUCCUUCAGACAAUUUGGACAGAGAUUUCUUGUACCAUUCGCUCAUACUAGCGAGGCCCUGUACAACUUUAAUGAUGUGCUGACGGUUGGCAGACGAGCUAUGGGGUCGUUGGCGGUGCGCUAUGGUACUCAGUACAUUGUGGGUUCAUCUAGAAACGUCCAUGACGGCGCCACAGGUACCUUGGCUGACUGGGUGAAACAUCGGUUCAACCCUACGUUGGUUGCCACCUACCAACUGAGGGACCUUGGGCUAUGGGGAUACACCCUCCCAGUAGUGCAGGUACAACCAUCUUGUGAAGAAACCUUCGAUUCCCUCAUGGCUUUGCUCAGAGAAGCCAGGUUCACGAAUAUGCUGUGAAUGUUGCAAUUUUUUUUAAUAAAGAGUUAUUUAUGAAAGAAUUUUA